AUGCAGCGCCUCCGCCUCGGGCGGCCGCUAGAGCGCCACGUGCCCGGCCGCCAUUCGCCGAGGAGCGAGUACCUGGUGGUUGAGGAGCUGGUUGCUGAGCUGGCACACAUGGAGAGCCUUGAUUGGUCGUCUUCUUUUGUCGAGAGCUCGGAUAAGACGAGCUUGGGUACAGCCAGCAGGGACGCAAGCAACACCAGUCAGACAGCAGCAGCAGCAGCAGCAGCAGCAGCAGCAGCAGCAGCAGCAGCAGCAGCAGCAGCAGCAGCAGCAGCAGCAGCAGCAGCAGCAGCAGCAGCAGCAGCAGCAGCAGCAACGGAAGGAGGAGCGGCAGCAGCAGCAGCAAAAUCAGUAUCGCUCGCAGGCUUUUCUCUGGGACCCGCCUCCCGAGCCUCCCCCGCCGAACCUCCUGCUGGCUACGCGAGGCUCGGCGGCGGUGGAUCGGCAGCUGAGGCUCGUGCAGCGAGGGCUGACAGCAUCGGUGGUGGCGGCGGUGGUGGGGGGUUUGCAAGAGAAAGGAGCUUUGAAGUGGGUGUGGCGAGUGCACUGGUGGGGGUGGCGCAAGUGGCGUCAUUGCAAGGCAGGGAGGGCGUGGUCAGAGUGCUGCUGGAGGGGUUGGGGGGUCUAGGCGUGCGGGGAUUGGACAGGAGUCCAAGGGAAGGCUGUGAGGAAGGGAGUGGAGGAGAUGGGGUUGUGAGAGGUGGGGGAGGGAGGGGUGAACGUGCGAGGGAGAGCGAGGAAGGGAAGGAGGAGAGGGAACUGGUAGAGGAGAUUAGAUCGCUUAUCUCACUCGUCCCAAUCUCAACCACUCGCUUUCCCUCCUUCUCUCUUCAUGUCUCGGAUUACAUCCGGCUUAUCCAUGCCUGCGCGCUUCCGGGCCUCUUGCCGAACCUGAAGGUACUGGCUCGGGGAAUUUCCGAGCUGUCAACGUCUCACCUGGCAGGGAAGAGCAGCAGGUCAGAGUCCCCGUCGGCGUUACCACACUGGUCCAGUUCCCGAGCCAGCUUACCAGGCUCGGUGCCGGGCCUGUCAGGUUCGGGAUCGUGGCGGGCGGCGCUGAUCCAUGCGUAUCUGCGGGUGGGAGCAGUGGAUGACGCUGCUGCUGCUGCCAGGGCUGCGAUUGAGGCCAUGAGUGGGAGGUGUUUCGAGUCACCUCAUAUGCCACUUCAGGAAUCAGGGUCUGGGGUUAGAGAGGAGGAGAAGGAGCAGGAUGAGGAGUUGGACAAGCAGUCGAAGGGGAGGAGGCAGGGGAAAGGGAGAGGAGGUGAGAGGGUGGUGGCUGCUGGUGAGGCGUGGCAGAUCCAGGGGAGGUGGCAGAGGGGUAGCGGUGGAGGUAGGGGUGGUGGCAAGAGGGAGGGGAGAGAUCCUGCUGUGGUUGGGGAGGAUGUGGGGAUGGGGGGCAUUGGAACAACGAGACGGAUGGUUACGAUGGGGGCAAUGGGGGAUGUAGGGGGCCGUGUACCAGGCAGAUAUGGAAGGGAGGAAGUGUGGGGAGGAGUGGGGGGAGUGGUGGAGGGUGGAGGGGUACGGGAGGGAGGGGAGGCGUGUUGGGAGCCGGCAUGCGUGCAAGCUGUUCUGGAGGCGUUUCGAGAGGUGAGCAGUGGGAGCAGUGCUGGAGACGGUGUGAGGGUUGGGUUUUUUAGGCGCCUCAUGAAUCGGUGCGCAGUAGGGAGGGGAGGCGGCGUGUUGGGAGCCGGCAUGCGUGUAAGCUGUUCUGGAGGCGUUUCGAGAGGUGAGGGGGUGAUGGUUGUGAGGGGUGGGGAUGGUUGUGCGGGGUGGGGAUGGUUGUGA